GUAAAUCUGAGAAUGAAUUGCAGGAAGGCCAAUGGGCACAUAGAACUGUGUAAAAUGUUUAUGACCUAAAAGUAGGAGUUGGAGUACAAUUCUCAGGCAGUGUUUUUAUAAAUACCUACCUGGCAUACAGUGACAUUGAAGGGUUGAUGUCAAUUUUACUGACGCUUUUUAAGUUGUCUUAUAAAUAUGGCCCCAAGUGUUCUUGACCUACAUUAUUUGUCCCUAUGCUGCAAGCUCUCAGGUGGGAGGGGAUCCGUUUAGAAUUCAGCUCGGGGUGUGUCUGACCUUCUUUCAUUCUUUACCAAACCUGUUCCAAGUUAUGUCCCUUAUUCCUCACAGACGUUUAGAAGAAGAGCAGAGGGACAGCGUUGUGCCCCCCACCCUCCAUCAAUCAAUAACACAGUGUUGGAUGGGGGGUUUGUAGCUGGAGGCUUUCUAGUAAUCUGACACAACAUGGGGAAAAAAUGGAGGAUUUUAUUGCUUCUCAUUAACUUCUGGCAGGUUGACAGUUUGCGGUGCCUACAGUGUAUUGGAAGUGCCUCCUCCUGCCGUAUGGUGGCAAAGAAAUGUCCAGCCUAUGAAAACACCUGCAUCUCCCUGGCUUAUAGAUCUACAGCUGUGAGCACCACUUCCAAUACCGUGAUGAAGGGUUGCUCUACAAGAGCUCUGUGCAACCAAACGUCUGUCAUCGACACGGGAAAUCGAUCAAUAUACAUGUCUGCAUCAUGCUGUGAGACGGAUUACUGCAAUAUCAACCGCUACUCAACUAAGGCUGUGUUCUCCAACCGGAUGCAGUGUUACACAUGUAAAAAUAACAACAUCUAUUGUGGCUAUCCAAACCUCGACAAAGUAUUCUGCGAUGGAGUUGACAACUGGUGUGUGGAUGUGCUUACUAAGGAGUAUACUAAUGGUAAAGUGACUGCAAGCUCCUACACAAAGGGCUGUGGAUCUGGGGAAGCAUGUAACUCAUUGCUUGCGUUUGACACGGGGUCCUUCCAGCGCUACACGCAGUACUCAUGCUGCAACAGUCAGACCCUAUGCAAUAAUGCCUAUCAGUCUAUACCAAUGCUCAGUAACAUAAAUGGGAUCACAUGCUGGGCCUGCUUGGACACCGGGAACAACGAGUGUGAUGUGAAGAACCAAGUCCAGAUCUCGUGUAAAGGCACACUUAUCAGAUGCAUGGAGGCUUACGACCAGAACCGUCAGGUAGUGAUGAAAGGCUGCAGCACAGUGACCUAUUGCUCUACCACUUACCCUUCAUUGAAUGUGUCCAACAUCGCGGAGAUACAGUGCUGCGCAGGGAGCAACUGUAACAAUUUCACACAAAUGUCCACAACUGAAAUCAGCGGGGCCUGGAGCCCAAGCACAGAUAUCAGACUUCUAAUCCUUCUCUUCGCCUUGCUCGGUACUGUCUUCUGUAUAGUGGAUCCCAACUAGGCUGUUACCCAGACGUUAACAAUAAUUAUUUAUAAAGAAGGAGAAGCAGUGGGGACUGUGAGAUGCCUACUGGGCUUCCCCAAUCAGUGUUACCAAUGUCAGCACUUAUGUAUCUUCCUCUGCACCAGGGAUCUAUAUGGGGGUCAUAGCGGUGACUAUGGAGGUUCAUUCACGAGAACAGCAAAAUUUGAAAAAUUGAUAUUUGCACAGAUGACUAUGUACUUAUUACUCUGACCGCUACAUGUUGUUGCUCAACUAUAAACUGCUGCACAAGAACUGAUCAAAAUUCAAAAAUUGCCCAUCCACAAGCCUAUUUAUAAAGUAAACCUUGCCCAUUGAUGUCACAGAAGAAGUAUAUGCUGCAUCAAAUCACAGCCCUGAUGUACAAAAGUUCAAAUACCCAACAUACUGCCUGGAGGAAGGUUGGGAUCCCACUUAUUCAAACUGCUAGGGUGGCUAAAAGCAUUGACUUCUGAUAAAGGCAAUGCUCGUGUUACUUUGCUGUGGAUACAAUCCAUUUGAAAACACUAAUAUACCAAUAAUUCUAGUAUCUUUACAGGUAUGGGAUCCGUUAUCCAGAAACCCAUUAUCUAGAAUGCUCCUCAGGCACUAAAGCAUAUCUGUAAUGCACAAUGUAUCCAUAUAUAUGGCGCUUAGAGAUCUCACAUCAAAAUGUUUGUAUUAUAAAAUGAUAAUCCAUUGCUUGCUUUAAAAUGCCACUUUGGGUUUCCCAAAGAUCUAUACAACUCAACCUUUUUGCCUUUAUAUGGUCACAGAACUCCACAGUGACUUUUAAUAUCCUUAUUAUUUACAGUAGGAGGUACAU